AUGUCUCCAUCCAGCCCAGAGAAGGAAGUGGAGAGGGAUGUGUUCCUGUUCCGGGCCUACAUUGCCCAGAGAAAAUAUGGGGUUGUUCUGGAUGAAAUUAAAGCCAGUGCUUGUCCUGAGCUCCAGGCAGUGAGGAUGUUUGCAGAGUAUCUUUCAAACGAGAGCCAGAGGGAUGGAAUUGUUGCUGAUUUGGACAAGAAAAUGGCAAAAAGUGUGGAUGUGGCCAACACCACCUUCCUGCUGGUGGCAGCUUCCAUCUACUUCCACGACCAGAAUCCUGACGCAGCCCUGCGUGCCCUGCACCAGGGGGAGAGCCUGGAGUGCAUGGCCAUGAUGAUACAGAUUCUGCUGAAGCUCGACAGGCUCGAUCUGGCUCGCAAGGAACUGAAGAAGAUGCAGGAGCAGGAUGAGGAUGCAACUCUCACUCAGCUGGCAACUGCCUGGGUGAACCUGGCCACAGGUGGGGAGAAGUUACAAGAUGCCUACUACAUCUUCCAAGAGAUGGCAGACAAGUGCUCCUCCUAAGUUAACCCUACUAAAAACCAGCACUGUUAUAUUGCUACACUUAGUAGACUAGAAGAGGGGGUGCUCCAGGAGGCACUGGACAAGGACAGUGGCCAUCCUGAGACCCUGAUCAACCUCGUGGUCCUGUCCCAGCACUUGGGCAAACCCCCAGAGGUUACAAAUCGCUAUUUGUCACAGUUGAAAGAUGCUCAUAAAAAUCACCCCUUCAUCAAGGAGUAUCAGGCAAAGGAGAACGACUUUGCCCGGCUGGCCAUGCAAUACGCCCCCAGCGGCUGA